UAAAAUUACUAAUGAGAUGUCAACAAAAGAAACAUAAUAAUUAAUAGGCCUCUGGCCUCCGAUGUAGAGUUCCCCAGGUUUCCCUCGCUUUACUACUCUACAGCAAGUGCGUGUUUUUCUACAGAGACACGUGUGUUUCGGUCAGUUCCAUUCGAUGAGAUCCACACGCGUGGAUCACUCUGGAGUGCUACUAUUUAUUAGAAGAAGAAGCGGUUAGACAUAACCAUGAAUUCGGCGAAGAGUAACGGCGAGACUGGCAACGUGCUGGAGGAACUCGGUGUACCAGGACAGGAAUGUUUGAGAGACGCUUUAACAAGUUGUACGGAUCCACUGAAAGCCAUCGAGGGAUUUCAGCUGGAAAACGGUAUAUUACUACCGUCGUUGCGGCCUAUGCUACCUCUGCUCGAUCUGCACGGAAUCAGAAGGUUGGACUUUCACGCCUCCGUUCUCGAGGAGUUACGGGACAGGCUGACCAAGCAGAUCGAUGAGAUUGGCGUGGAGAGGGCGGACAAAGGCACCGCCGUGGACAAGAGACUGAAGGAAUUGCUGGCAAGAGGCUUUCCCGGCGUCAGAAUCCCUGCCUUGCAACCUGUUAUUAUGAGUAUCUUGAGGAAUACUCCACACAUCGAGGAUAAAUACUUGCGUGUGUUGAUUAGAGAGAAAGAAUUGUACAGUAAUGCCGAUACGGAAGUAAAGCGUCAGAUAUGGAAGGAUAAUCAAAGUCUUUUUGGCGACGAAGUCUCCCCAUUGUUCAGCCAUUAUAUCAUUGAGAAAGAACAUACUCUCUUUGACCAUCAGAACCUGAACAAUCCAUUUUUUAUGCCAUCUCCUAAGGUGAGGAGACAGGGGGACUAUGUGCAGAAAUUAGCCCAUAUGAUUGGGCACAGUGUGAAAUUGUAUGACAUGGUACUGCAAUUUCUAAGGACUUUGUUUUUACGCACAAAGAAUAUCCAUUAUUGCACUCUGAGAGCAGAACUGUUAAUGGCUUUACACGAUUUAGAGGUGCAAGAUAUCAUUUCUGUAGAUCCAUGUCAUAAAUUCACGUGGUGUCUGGACGCCUGUAUCAGAGAAAAGAAUGUGGAUGUUAAGAGAUCUCGCGAGUUGCAAGGCUUUCUGGACAGUAUUAAGAGAGGACAGGAGCAAGUAUUGGGGGAUCUAAGUAUGAUUUUGUGUGAUCCCUAUGCAGUAAACUUUCUCGCUAGUAGUGCAAUCAAAAUAGCGCUUCAUUUGAUAAACAGUGAGGCGUUGCCCAGAGAAAAUGCAGUGCUUGUACUGUUGUUGCGAAUGCUCGCGUUAGGACUGUCCGCUUGGCAGAUGAUCGAUUCGCAAGACUUUAAGGAGCCAAAACUAGACAGUCAAGUUGUCACAAAGUUCCUGCCAGCACUUAUGUCACUCAUGGUUGAUGAUCAAAUAAGGCAGCUCAACUGUAAACUUCCACCCGAUGAGAGGGAAAGUGCAAUUGCAAUUAUAGAACAUUCCGGGCCACCUCCCGAUGCGUGCCAAGCGUACGCUCAGCUUUCUGGAGUGGCGGCAGUUCUGUCUAUGUACUAUGCAUUACACGUUGGUGGUGGCGGCGGAGGUGGAAGGGGCAGGGGUGAUGCCAGAGGUUUGAUGAGGGUACUUGCGACAUUACCGAAUUGUCAAGCGCAACGGGCUUUUGAAGAUCCAUUUCUACACACGCUGGUUUCGUUGUUAAUAUCGAACAUGGCUGACGAAUUCUCAAAUGAGUCUUUCUGUACAGUAAUCUUUGACGAAUUCUUCCUGGCUGGUUUAGGUAGGGACAACGUUACACGACAUCUGCUAAAAUUACUUUGGUACAUACAUCAUAAAUUGCCGUCCACGCGAUUACAUUCGUUACUGAAAGCCUUGCAACCGACAAGUCAGCACAACGAAGCAGUCCACACUCUUUACGAGUCUCUACGUGACAAAGUCGGCAGUCAUUCCACAGAGGACCAAUUAGCAGCGACAGCUCAAAUGGACCCGUUACUUGAUUGUCCUUCCUCCGUGUUUACUGGAAUGCCACCAUCGACAUCGAGCACGUGCUCACUUUAAUAUCUAAUUCAAGAACAGUGAGUGGAAAGAAAAGGUUUGAGCUUCCUCAACUUAUAAUAUAUAAGAAAGAGUGAUCACUGUGUGUGAUGUGUGCUAUCAUUGUAUAUCCUAAUUUAAUAUUGUGUUGUCAGAAUUUUUUUACUCUUUUUUCAAAAUCUCCAGCCUCCGACUAUAUAAAAUUUAUUAUCCUACACAGAUAAGAUUAUUGUUUAUCCAUUUAUUCGAUAGGAAUGAUAAUGCAGUAAUGUCACGCGUCUCUCGAAAAAAUCGUCCGAGUUAUCAGAAAUUUAUUCCGAGCUUAAAUUGGAAUAUUUUUUAGGCAAUUUCAAUCUAAAUAAUAGAUUGUAUUGUUUCGUUUAUUAAAAGAAUUCUUAAAAU